CCGCCCCUUUCCUCGCCCACCAAUCCCCGCCUCGCCUGGGGGCGCGCUCAGUGACGUCAUCGCGGCAACCCGGAAGCGAGCACUUCCGGGUGCGGCAGCUCCUGCCAUGGACUUGGUGGCCGGGCUGGUGGCCCUGGUGGCCCUGGUGGCCCUGACCCUGCUGGUGGUGGCCCAGCGGCUCGGGCUCCUCUACCGCAUCUUCCACAAGGUGGACACGACGAGUCCCCGUCACGGUGGGGAGCUGGUGGCCGAGGUGCUGCGGGCCCAUGGCGUGCAGUUCCUCUUCACGCUGCCCGGUGGCCACAUCUCGCCCGUGCUGGUGGCCUGCGAGAAGAUCGGCAUCCGCGUGGUGGACACGCGCCACGAGGCCACCGCCGUCUUCGCCGCCGACGCCGUCUCGCGGCUCUCGGGCCGCAUCGGCGUGGCGGCGGUGACGGCGGGCCCGGGUGUCACCAACGCGGUGACGGCGGUGAAGAACGCCCAGAUGGCCGAGUCGCCGCUGCUGCUGCUGGCCGGGGCCGCCGCCCGCCUGCAGAAGGGCCGCGGGGCUCUCCAGGACAUCCCGCAGCUGCCGCUGUUCCGGCCCAUCUGCAAAUCCGCCCUUUCCGUGGCCGCCGUGCGCGACAUCGUCCCCGUCCUGCGCCGCGCCAUCGCCACCGCCAUGGGCGGCACGCCGGGCCCCGUGUUCGUGGAGCUGCCCAUCGAUGUCCUCUACCCCUUCCACGUGGUGCAGAAGGAGCUCGGGGGCUCCCAGACCCCGCGGGGGCUGCGGGGGAAGCUCGUCCAGUGGUACCUGCGGCAGUACGUGGCCGAUCUCUUCGCCGGCGCCUGGGAACCGCGGGAGCUGCAGCCGCUGCCCCUCAGCGUGCCCAGAGCCACCCCAAAGGAGAUCCAGCUGUGCUCGGAGCUGCUGAGCCGCGCCCGCCGGCCGCUGCUGCUGCUCGGCAGUCAGACGCUGCUGCCCCCGACACCCACCGAGGAGCUGCGCUCGGCGCUGCAGUCCCUGGGGGUCCCGUGUUACCUGGGGGGGGCGGCGCGGGGGCUGCUGCCCCCCGACUCUCCGCUGCUGUUCCGGCACAACCGGCGCCGGGCGCUGCGCGAGGCCGACCUGGUGCUGCUGGCAGGUGCCGUCUGUGAUUUCCGCCUCUCCUACGGGCGCCUCUUCGGCCGCGGCGCCGCCGUGGUGGCCGUGAACCGGGACCGGGAGCAGCUGCUGAGGAACGCCGACGUCUUCUGGAAACCGCGGCUGGCCGUGCAGGGUGACCCCGCGGCCCUGCUGGUGGCGCUGUCCCGGAGCCUCCCGGGGCUCGGCUGCCCCCGAGAGUGGCGGGAGAGGCUGAGAGAGGCGGAGACGGAGCGGGAGAGAGAAAUCCGUGCCAUGGCCGCGGUGUCCCCGCAGUGUCACCUGAACCCGCUGUCCCUGCUGCUGGCCCUGGACCGGCUCCUGUCCCCUCAGACUCUCCUGGUGGCCGAUGGCGGUGACUUCGUGGCCACAGCGGCGUACAGCGUCCGGCCCCGGCAGCCGCGGGCAUGGCUGGACCCCGGUCCCUUUGGCACUCUGGGCGUGGGCGGAGGAUUCGCGCUCGGGGCCAAACUCUGCCGGCCCGAGGCUGAGGUGUGGAUCCUGUACGGGGACGGUUCCCUCGGCUUCAGCCUGAUGGAGUUCGACACCUUCGUGCGCCACAAGGUCCCGGUGAUCGCGCUGGUCGGGAACGACGCCGGUUGGACCCAAAUCAGCCGCGAGCAGCUCCCCCUGCUGGGCAGCGCCGUGGGCUGCGGGCUGGCCUACAGCGAUUACCACGCGGUGGCGACGGCGUUGGGCGGCCGCGGCUUCGUCCUGGACAGCGCCGGGGACACCCGAGGGGACAUUGGGGACAUUGGGGACACCCGAGGGGACACCGGGGACAGCGAGGACAGGGUGGUGGCCGUGCUGAGGGCGGCCAUGGCCGAGUGCCACCGCGGUCACCCCGUCCUGGUCAACGCCCUCCUGGGCCCGAGUGACUUCCGGCAGGGAUCGGUGUCCGUGUGACACCGGGGACAGCGGGGGACACCCACCGAGGGACACCGGGGGACACCGGAGUGUCACCAAGGGUCACUGAGGGUCACCGAGGGUCAAAGAGGGUCACCAAAUGUCACCAGAGUGUCGCAAAACGUCAUUGAGUGUCAUCGAGUGUCACUGAGUGUCCCCAAGGGUCACCAAAGACCCCCAAGGGUCACCAAAUAUCAUUGAAGUGUCACCGAGGGUCCCCAAAUGUCACCUGGGGCCACCAAGGGUCACCAGAGUGUCACCAAACGUCAUGGAGUGUCACCAAAUGCCA